AUGUCGGUGGUGAAGUCUAUGCAGCUGGUCAUCCCGAAGGAGGUAUAUGUGGCCGGCUCCGACGUAGUUGGGAAAUUGGUACUGAGCCUUCACAGCACGCUGGUGGACCCUCUGAUCAAGGUGGACCUCAUCGGAAGGGGCUACCUGGAGUGGACCGAAGAAGCUGACGUCAAGAAGGAUUACAGCCAGCCAGGGACCUGCGUCAACAAGGCCGAUUACGUCCACAAGACGAAAACCUUCAAGAUUGAGCGGAGUUGGCUUGGUCCAGGUGUCCACACGUUUGACUUCCACUUCGUCUUACCUCCCAGGAUCCCGUCCACCUUCACAAGCCGGGUCGGCCGGAUCUCCUACUUCCUCCAAGCCAUCUGUGCUACACGGGAACUCAUCCUUGGGAAGGAGAAGAAGUAUCUCCUGGUUCAAGGGACGUCCGUCUUCCGGCAGGACACUCUAGAAUCCGAGUACCCCUUGGUUGUGGAAGUCCAAAAGAUCCUUCUGUACAACUGCUGUCUGAGGAGCGCGCCCAUCACCUUGCGCAUCUCCCUGGGUAAGAGCGUCUAUGCGCCCGGCGACGACGUGCCGUUCACGACGGAGAUCAGCAACCAGACGGGGAAGCCCGUCAAGAAAGUGGUCUUCGCCUUGCACUCCGUCGUGGUGUACAAGGCCUUCAACCUCCGGGCUGAGCGUUGCACGCUGCAGCAGCGCGAAGAGAUGAUGCGCUUGGAGUCGCACAUUGAGCGGGGCGCCUGCGAGGUCACCCGGAUCCACAGCACCUUCGCCCUGCCCCAGGUCCUGCCCGUCAGCACCUCUUCCAGGUCCGAUGACAUUAUGGACGUUGGCUACGAACUCACGGGCAUCGUCCAUUUCCCCUGGUGCAUGAGCACUGUGGUGGCGAAAAUCCCCGUCGUGGUUAGAAACGACGUGGCCGAACCGAGAGAAUGA